AAAUUGUUGUUUGAAAUUUUCGUCUUGGUAGUUUUCAAUUGUCAUCAAUUUCGUGAACGAUCGUUAAUUGUUGGCUUGCGAUUGGUUUAAAAUAAACGACAAAUAAAUGUAAACUGUCUCGCUCGUUGAUGUCGCCGUUUCGUUCUUUUCAUCUUCAUUCUCAUUGAGCGGUACUUUCAUUUUCUUCACGUUAUUAUUCUUACGUCAACCGAAUUCAUCACUCUGAAAUUGCAUGAAUAAAUGAGCAUACACUUAGUUUCGUUUUGUUCUUGGUCAAAUCAACACGCAAACAAAAUGGAUCGAUAUUGUUCGUAUUAUCGAUGCCCGAAUUGCUUCCGCACUUUUUCAACCACAUCAAUGGAGCCAAUCGGAAUGGAUAACUGCAAAAAUUGCCGUACGUGCGUGCAUCCGUUUGAAGUUCAAAAGAACUAUGCGGUCGCAAAAUAUCGUGAAAAGUUUAACUGCUCUUACUGCAAGUUUGAAUGGAGCGCCGUGAUCGUACAUUUGUACUUCGUACUCAAAAUUGUUAGAGAUGCAACACUUCCAUCGUUCCGCAUCUUCAGGAACUCAUCCAAUGGUAAAAUCACGCUGAACCGCUUGAUAAGCUAAGAUGCCGUUCGAACAACAUUUCCCAUUUUUUCUUCAUUUGAUUUUCAUUUCCUUCAAAUCCAGUGAAAUUCAGAACGGACUUAGCUUCUGAAUAACUUGUCAAGCGGAAAUAAAGUGCUUUUUUUCAAGAUGCAAAUCAAUGAAAUAUGUCUUUGAGAAUAAACCUAUCGAUCGAUUUAUUUCUGUGCAUGGUAUAAUAAAAAGC